GUUAAACCGCUGAAGAGGAAACAAUCCCUUAAAUCAUUCCUUUCCUCUUUCCUUGUUCUCUUUUUAUACUUUAUUUCUCUGUCCUAGCAAAGUGCCCCCAAUUUUCUUCUCCCAAAAAGAAUGACAUUGAGAAUCACUUCCACCAAUGCAACAUGUUUUCUCAUAUUGGCGCCUCUUGUGCUACUUUGGACAUGGAAGCUUCUAAAUUGGCUGUGGUUAAGGCCAAAGAGACUAGAAAAGCUGUUGAGAGCACAAGGCCUUCAAGGCAAUCCAUAUAGGAUUUUGAUUGGAGACACAAAGGAAAUGUUUAAGGUGAUGAUGGAAAAUGCCAAAUCUCAGAAACCUACCGACAAUACUCUCUCACUUGACAAAGAUGUCGCACCACACGUCUUUACAUUUAUUCAUCACAUUGUCCACAAAUUUGGCAAGAAUUCAUUUUUAUGGGAAGGUACAAAACCAAAAGUGAUCAUUACAAAUCCUGAGCAAAUUAAGGAAAUCUUCAACAACAUCCAUGACUUUGAAAAACCUAAGUUGAGCCCCCUUUUCAAGCUAUUGGGCUCAGGACUCGCAAAUUAUGAAGGCGACAAAUGGCGGAUGCAUCGAAAGAUUAUCACUCCUACUUUCUACUCGGAAAAAUUAAAGAUUAUGUUACCCGUAUUUUCCCAAAGUUGUAAUGAUAUGAUUAGCAAAUGGGAAGAGAUGUUUUCAGAUGGAAAACUUGAAAUCGAUGCAUGGCCUUUUCUUCAAACGUUGACUUGUGAUAUUAUUUCUAAAACAGCAUUUGGAAGCAGUUAUGAAGAAGGGAAAAAAAUAUUUGAUCUUCUGAAAGAGCAGGCAGGACUUAUUAUGAAAUUACGCAACGUUUACAUUCCAGGAUGGUGGUUACUACCAACAACUACACACAAGAGGAUGACAAAAAUUGAUAAAGAUAUACAAACAUCACUCAAGGCUAUAAUCAACAAACGAGAGAAAGCAAUGAUGGCUGGUGAAGUGUUUAACAAAGAUUUAUUGGGCAUACUUUUGGAAUCAAAUCACAAAGAAAUACAAGAAAAUGGAAACAAUAAGACUGUUGGAAUGACCAACCAAGAAGUAAUUGAGGAAUGCAAUGCAUUCUACCUUGCGGGGCAAGAAACCACUUCGGUUUUACUUGUUUGGACUAUGAUAUUGUUGAGUAGAUAUCCUGAUUGGCAAGCACGUGCUAGAGAGGAAAUCUUGCAAGUUUUUGGCAACCAAAUGCCAAAUAAUGAUGGGCUAACUCGCCUAAAAAUAAUGCCAAUGAUUCUCUACGAGGUUCUAAGGUUAUACCCACCAUCAAUUUACUUCAAUCGAGUAGUUCAUAAAAAUGUGGAACUUGGAAGUCUUUCUCUACCUGCUGGAGUUCUAAUUUCCUUACCAAUACUAUUGGUUCACCAUGAUCGUGAUAUUUGGGGUGAUGAUGCUACUGAAUUCAAACCCGAAAGAUUUUCAGAAGGAAUUGCAAAAGCAACAAAAGGUCAAGUUUCUUUUUUCCCAUUUGGUUGGGGUCCUAGGUCGUGCAUUGGCCAAAACUUUGCUUUAUUAGAAGCGAAAAUGAUUUUGUCACAACUUCUACAACGUUUUUCAUUUGAACUUUCCCCUGCCUAUGCUCAUGCUCCAAUGGCUGCAAUCACUCUUUGUCCAAAAUAUGGGGGUCAUAUCAUUCUACAUAAAUUAUAGUGUCAUGAAUUUGUAUAAUUAAUGUAAAAUUAUUUUCAAGCAACUUUAGUUUAUGUAUUCAUCUUUUGUACUUGGAGGGGAAUACCUCUUCUAAAUUAUAUUGAAUGUUACAUUUUAAUUACUAAAUAGGUUCGUCUUUGAAAAUGCAACAAACAUAAUGGGAACAAUGAUAUGCUAUCCUUCCAAUGUGAUGGAUAAUUUAAAUUUCAAGAAUAAUAUUUGUACA